AUGAAUCCAGUGGAACGAUCGGGCGAAUCUGGCAUUUUCUUCGACACGCAAGAGCCGCAGUUUUUAAACCUAAAGUGCGUCGUCGUCGGCGACGGCGCGGUCGGGAAAACCUCCAUGCUGCUCUGUUACACGACGAACACGUUCCCGACCGAUCACAUGCCGACGAUUUUCGAUAACUACAGCAAGAACGUGACCAUGCGAGAUGGGCGCGUGGUGAAUUUAGGGUUGUGGGAUACGGCAGGACAAGACGAGUACGCGGACUUUCGACCGCUGAGUUAUUCCGCGGCGGAUUGUUUUAUCGUCGCGUUUUCCUUGUGCGAUCGGGAGAGUUUUCGGAACGUGGAGCAAAAGUGGUUGAACGAGUUGCGGUCGAAAGCGCCGAAGACGCCGAUUGUUUUAGUGGGGACAAAGUUAGAUUUACGAGGAGGUGGGGGAGGAGGAAAUUCGUAUAAUAGCAAGAGAGGUGGAGGUAGUAUGGGUGAUAGGCUUAGCAACGAUAUGCGAGCCGGCGGAGGAGGCUCGAACGGAGAAGAGGAAUCCGAACCGAUAAGCGAGGCGGAAGGGCAAGCGUUGGCGAGACGGAUCAAAGCGGUCAGUUACGUCGAGUGUUCGAGUUUAGUGCAAACGAAUUUGAGUUUAGUGUUCGAGGAGGUGAUCGAGGCGCACGUCAAUCCGGCGGUUGUGAAAAUCGAAGAGCAAAAGUCGUGCUGCGCUAUUCAGUAA